AUAACUGUGACGGACCAACAUGGUAGCAUAACAUAGCUAAUGCUAAACAACUGAAAAGAAUAGUAGUUAUUAGCCUGUACUGAGUACUUUUUUUCAUGUGGACAUGUUAACACCAAAUCAAGAAAACCUUUCGGUGUGUCUGACAACAUAUUCAAUUACGUUGCAUCAACGUUAAUGUCAUUUUUUUCUGACAACGGACUUAAACAUAAGCUAGCUGACCUGUUAGCUUCCCUGGAAACACGUUGGUGAUCCAGUUAAAGGUUAAUAAUGUGGGGUGAAAUCGAUCCUCCGGUUAAAAAACAACCCAGUUCGUGUGAGAGUGAACCCAGGAGUGAAACACCAGAAGAACCGGAGAAACAGUCCCAGAAAUGUGGCUCUAACAGUCCCGCAGACACCCAGGUGAGACCACCUGCUGUUAGCUUUGUUUUCAAGCGUGUAUUUCAAAUGUCUGCUCACCGCUUCAUGAUCGUGUGUCUGUUUAUCACGCAGCACGCGAGCCAGGCUGAGUCCACGUGUGUAAAUGGCAUGAUAGAUGUCAUAGCUAAGAGUGGGAGCCUGGUGAAGAGCCAGCAGAAAGGGGAGGCUGAGCUGACCCUGGAGGAGCGCAGAGAGGAGCUGCUUCAUCAGUACAGGAGCAGACCGCUGGUGUUCCUGGAGAGGUACCAUCCCUGCUUAAAGCCCCACAACCUGCCAGCCUUUGACCACGUCAGCUCAGAUCCACGAGCUGUUCACUACAGCAAAGUGAUACAGAGGCGAGCAGCAGGAUGCACCAACAGGACGAGGGUUCGAAACCAGCGAUACGCUGCACUCAGGGCCUUACAGAGGGAGGGUGAGUAUUUCAGUGAGGAACAGAUGCGGAUGAGGGAGCCGCUGCUGUAUGAACAAUAUAUUGGCCAGUACCUGACUGAUGAGGAGGUGCUGGAGCGCUCACAUGAGGCCAUGCUGGACAAUGCAGAGGGGGGACCAGGGGCACAAGCGGGAGGCACAGGAGGGCUCGCCCACCUCCUUCUCAACACCUACCAGGAGCGUCUCAUCCAGAACCGCCUGCAGGAGCAGCAGGAGAGAGAGGAGGGAGCACGGGAGGAGGAGGAGGAUGAUGAAGAUGACGAUAACACUGUCCAGCAGAGGGAGUGGGAGCCCACCCCCGAGGAGAAGGCUCUGCUGAGGGAGGAGUUCAUCAGUCAGAUGCACCAGCACUUCCUAGAUGGCAAAGACAAGGAUUUCAAUUAUAGCGAGGUGGACGAGAAUCCAGACUACGACAACUUGGACAUAGUCAGCAGAGAUGCGGAGGAGAAGUACUUUGAUGAAGAUGAUGAAGAGGAGGAGGAAGAGAUGGAGAAUAAUGAAGAGGAGGAAAAGAUGACAGAAUAGUGGCAGUAGUAGUAAAGAGUGUUAAACAGUCACUGUUUUGACUGAACUGUAAAUACUAAUGUACAAAAUGAGCUUCUGUGUUCCUAAGUGUAACACAUGAAUGCAGCAAAGCUGGAAAUAAAUAUUGUUUUUGAUUCUU